AUGCUCUCCGGAGCCGAAAACCUCCUCGCCAUCCUCAUAGUCCUGGCUUGCGCCUCUCCCUACCCUUCCCACGCCGCCGCCGCCCCCUCGCGCUCUUCCUCGAUCGUGCUCUCUGCCUGCGCACGCGCGCGCUACCCCUCCCUCUGCGUCCGCACCUUCAUUCUCACCACCCCCUCCUCCGACGUUGACUUCGCACGGGCCACCACCGCCUCUGCCCUCUCCUCCGCCCGUCACUCUGCCGCCUUCCUCCGCCAAGGCCCUCUCCCCGCCUCCGCCGCCUUCCGCGACUGCGCCGGCCUCCUACUCCACUCCGUCGACCAGCUCGACCGAGUUUCCCGCCAACUCGCGGGCGACAAGGCGGCGCAGAGGCGGCUCGGCGACGCCCAGACGUGGGUCAGCGCCGCCAUGACCGACCAGGACAUGUGCCUCCAGGAGCUCGGAGCAGAGGAGGGAGCCGGAUCCGCUAGCAAAGAGCUCUCCGCCCGUGUGACGACGGCGUGGCAGCUCGCCAGCAACGCGCUCUACUUCAUCACCCAACUCUCCGACUCCCGCGGCCGUGGCAGGAAUAAUUAAUCUCGGCGCUUCAUCAGAUCAUGCCGAUCAGAUCGGACGGUUGAGAUAGUAAGCUGUACUUCUGUGGUUUUUUUUUUGGC